GAAUGGGGACAAGGGCUACAAUUUGCCCGUCAUUUUUGGCAGGCUAUUUAUUAUGAACAGUGCGCGUUGCGGUGCACGGAAGGCAACCUAGUGAAAGCAGGUCAGAACAGCGUGUGGUGUGUCGCACGUUGCCGCGGUGUGCUGCUAGCCCCAGUGUGGAUGACGGGAGUCCAAUGCCGGUUAAACUGAGGACAGCGCGCGCUGGUCGCGAGGACGGGAUCUGAAAAAAUCAACAGUGUUGUAGAUGUGUCAUAUGCCCAGCCUACACUGUUAUUACUGAUAGCGGGCUCUCAUUGUGGACCGUUCGCCCUGUUAUCUCAUUGAAUUCGCUGGCUUACUACAAACUGGAUUAUUAUUUAUUUAUCGAGUUUCAUCACAUACCGUCUGUUUCAUCGAUUAUUUUUUUUUUUUACAUUCGUGCUUAAAAGAGUAAAACCGAUAAUGUGGUUAGGCUAGGGAAGCUACCAGGCUAAACUGGGAAGGAGAAGCGGCUUGUAGCGAAACUACACACGGCCAAAAUGGCGCACGCUGUGACGUCGACAUGUGUCGGGAUGCACUUUUAGCGCGCCUGGUUCAUGGGAUUUAUCCACAGCAGCUCUGUCAAACAAGACGGCGUUAGGAUUUCUACAUCAAAAUUUGUGUUGUUAGUGGAGACACGAUCAGGGACGGAUACAGGCAGGUGUAGAGGAUCAUGGGACAGCAGAUGUCAGCUGCUGCUGCCGCUGAGGGGGUGGGGCAGGGCGCCUCCAUCUCCCACCACAGUUCCACACCUCCAGAGUUCCAGACCAAGUCAGACAAUGUCGAGGCCGGGCGGCCGCACCCCAACCCUGCCUGGAGGAACAUGUACAGCGCCAAGGGGGACCACGUGGCCCCCAGCGCCCUGGCGGACAGCGGAAAAAAUAAAAUAGAUGCUGACGCCAGCCGAAUGUCCAUCCGUGCCGCCAUCGACUCAUUCAUAGAAAACUGUUUAUCGUCCAGUAAUGAUUUUUCUCCUGGCGACAAAAAAGAUGGACAGUCCGGCUCGGCUGAAGGGGAGUUAAUGAACGGAGAACGGAAAAUUAACGACGAUUCCAGACAUUCUGAGUUAUCCAAGGACGGCUCAUUUAGCCAGACGGAGAGUCAGUGUUCAGACUGCACGGAUAAGUGUUCACAGGACAACGACCUUGAGAUGGAGGAGAAGCAACUGGUCAUUGACUGCACGGACAGCAGCACUAACAACAUGGAUGACCAGGCUCUGGAAAAAUCCGAUCACGCUGUCGAGGUUAAAAAUGAGAAGUUAAAAGACUCUAAGAAAGACAUGGCGCCAGGCGGAGCUGAUGCUGCUCACUCCCAUUCCUCCAAUGAUAAACAGUCGUUCUCCGCCUACCUGCAGGAUAAGCUGAAAAAAGUGGAUAUAGAUAAACACGAGGAGUUAAACCAACUGGCCCAAAACAAGGACAUCCAUGGCCAGAUUCUCAUGUGGGAAAUGACCAAAAAACCACCAUCUUGUCCGGAGAAUGUGGACUCCGCACCAGGUCCGAGUCCGGUGCGAUUACAAACCUUGAUCGACAAAGUGCUGGAUAGUUCUUUAAACAACCAAGAUCUGACACCUUCAGCCAAUAUACAAAAAAGUAAAGAAGAUGAUAUAAAGAAACCACCCGAUUCUGAUAAAAGUUUAAAGGAGAAACAGAACGAGAAGGAUAAUCGUAUGGAGUUAAGUUCGUCAGUGUAUUCUAAGCCCAAGCAAGAUGCGGCAGUGAGUGAGAAAAGUGAAGCGACCAACAAACCAGCUAAAAGUACUCUCUGUUUCAAGGAUCAUAUAGAGAAGGUUCUACUAGAAAGUUUUCUAUCUUACGAAGAAGAAGAACGUAGAGAAGCCUUGAAAAGGGGAGAAAACCCUGAUAAGCAGAGUCCUGUGAUUACCAUAGAGACGGAUACUGAGAGACAGGCUGCUAGGAGAGAGGCUAUGAAACCAGGUCCUGAUAGGACUAUCAGCGUGCAGGACAUUGUUGAUCGUGUCAUCAGUGAGACGGAUGUCAUCAGUAAGCUGAUGACGUCCGCUACAACUGACGGAAAGCCGGCUGCCACUGAGGUUGUGGCGCCUGUCGCCACCAGCGCAGCUUCCCCACACCCUGCGUUGAAGUACGCCACUACACAGAACAAGGCAUUGCUGGAGGCUCAGAAACAUGCAGUUCAGAAAGAGCAUCACAGUGCAAAUAUAGGCAGAAAGAGGGGCCGACCUCGGCUGGGGAGUCCCAUGAACAACCCCGGGGUAUGGUUAAUCCCAGAUAAGGACGGUAAACCCAUCUACGCUGACCACAGAAACAGGGACCUCCGCAAUGCUAACCAUAUUGAUAGGGCCAACGGGUCCACCGGUCACCCCCGUCAAGGUCCGCCCCCUCUAGACUACGCUCCGCACGGGUCUCACAACUACGGACCCAUGGGAUUACCUACAAUAGUGGCUUCUAAAUCUUCUUCCAUGAUGUUUCACCAGCGCCACCACCCAUCUCAGGUGAGGGUUUCUGCCGAACAAGCCCAGGUGAACGCCGCCCAGAGCAUGUCCAGUGCGGCUUCCAUGUACCACCAGCACACCCAGGACACAUUCCAGCAGAGGAGUCAGCAGCUGUCUGCUUCUGCCCAGCAGCGGAGUCAGCACCCAGGUCACUCGGCCAAACCGCCCCCGCCCCUCAUUCUAGCUGACCACCUGGGGGACAGCUCUGGGAACAGCAUGAGCAGGUUGGUGCAGGUGUCCCACAUCCCCACCAAGACCUGCUCCUGCCACAGCUGCAUCGCCCACUUCUCUCGGGAGAAAUCUCCAUCCCGCUCCGCCGCCCCGCAUCAUUUACGCCACCCGGGGAAACCUGACCCCGCUCCUCACCCUUCACUCUACCACCCAUACCAAACCCAAAGACAUGGCGCCAAAGAAUAUUACCCUCACCAGGUCCCGUCAGGCAAUGAAUCUCUCCGACAAACAGUCCCAUCACAGACUCUGUCCCAGCAGGCCAUGAUACCCAACUACCCACCAGCUCACCGCCAACACGACGCACCCACAAACCAACCCCAGAUGACGCGGGAGAGCACGGCUCGUUACUACGAUCCCAAAACCAGAAACCCUUCUCCUGGGCAUUAUCUUCCAUACCCGAACCAACUCCAACCAUCCAGUUUACCAAAAUCUACAGAAAGCUUAUACGCUGAAUCAGACCGACACCGUCACCCCCAAAUUCCAGAUCAUUACGAAGCUGUGGUUCCUCGGAGAGAAGUCCCCCGCGAGAAACACCCCCAGCCUGUAGCUUUGAGCGUGUCUAAGGUGGUUCCACCCCUUCAUGUCCUGCCACAAGAACCUGCUGCAGCUUCUGAGGGUGAUCAGCCCCUGGAUUUGUCUGUGAAGCCCACCCCAGCCCACAGUAGGGAGACCAGGAACAAGCCCAGUGACCACCAUGUUGAGAUGACCAGACACGAGGCAGAUUCAAGGUCCUACAGAUCUGGGGCUGCUGAAGUUCCUGCCAAGGGUCAAGGUCACUACAUUGAAUACGAACAGCGGGCGUCGUCUGGCCACCACCUCCAGAGGCUGGAGAACAGCGUGGACAGAUACCUGCCACAGCCGCACUACCCCAGCACGCCCAAGCUCAGCCCCCAGGACACCAGGCACAGCUCAGUGCACCAGUCCUCACCCCUGCUCCAGCCGCCAGAGUCUCCGGGUCUUCGCGGGCUUCACCCCGCCCAGUCUCCAGUCGGCACCGCCUACCUUGCUCCACAUUCUCGGGCGUCCCCCUCCCACACCCCGCAGCGAGCAGUUGCGCCCUCACCAAACAACAGCCUCUACCAGCCCAGCACCUCGCCCAGCGUUGGACCACUUUACCUAACCUCUGCGUCAAAACCUGCCCCGUCCACUUUCCAAAGACCACCCAGUCACGGAGCGGAUGACCAACGUAUAGGACAAAUCCAACCCCAUCCACAAAGCAGUCCUUCACCGGAUGACGCAGAAGCACAGAGACUUGGUGUGUCUAAACACGAGCCCAUACAAAACAUCAUUGGACACCAUCCCCCUAGUGACAUCCUUUACCUCAUAUGUAAACUAUGUCGCCAGACAUACGGGAGCCCUUACGGCUUCAGAAAACACUUCAGGAACCAGCAUGGGUUUGAACCCAAAGCCGAGCACACGCUUGUCCAGACUAUAUCAGCCACCAAGACGGCUAUGGCGCAUACAGUUCCAGGGGACGAGAAACCUCACUCCCCAAUGGACGAGCACAACACAUUCGACGAGGUUCACUACCAACACAGAGAUUCUAGCUCUGGGGGCUACAACUACGACGAGGCCAAGAAAGACCUGCCGGAGAACACAAAAUUUCUUGAGUGCCCGGAGUGUGGUCAAACGUUCCAGUUGAAUGAUUUUGGAUCUUAUAAAAGACACUGUCGGCAGCACAACCUUCACCGGAGCAGCGGUCCCUUUGCUUGCCAUGACUGCCAGAAGUCGUUUCCGGAGCCGAAUUUACUCCAGGAGCAUCUCUCCACUCACAGUAACUUCACGCAAAGCGUCUGCGGAAUUUGUCGGACAUUUUUUUCUUCUCCGUACUACCUGGCUGAGCACCUUCAAGCUGCUCACGGUCAUGUGUACAACAGCGACGACCGCAGCUCUGACUGUCCGGAUAAAAAGCCAUCGGAUGAUCUUAUCCUGCGGAAAACUGAUCCGGCUAAAAGUGUUGAGAAUUCUUCAUCCCAGCAGCCUUCACUGACCACUGGUCAUCCAUUACCGCUGUCGAAGCGCCACCGGCAUUACUCCCCAGCAGAUUCCCAGUUGUUUACAGUUCACACACCUAAAGGCCUGGAGGUCCAGAAGCUUCCGGCGGACGCUGUGGUGACCACCGCUAGCCCAGACAGCAGCUACGAUGAUGCCAGGUUCCAACUGGACUCGCAGCCAGCCAGUUCUGGUACUCAGAAAAUGGCAGCAGCUGAAGGAAUAAACACGGAGAACGAUUCAGCCGUCAAACGGCUGAGCGCGGAUUCUAAGCCAAUUCAGAACGACAAAGCUCCAAACAAGGAAGAGAAUGAGUCCAAUUCAUCUUAUGAAUCUAACAAGGAGGGUUCGCGUACCUCCUCUCCUGGUGCUGAGGAUAUUGAUAAAUUUUACAAGCACAAAAAAUACAGCCGUCACAGGAAGCGCGGCGGAUCCACCGAAAUGAGCAGCGAACCAGAAAGUAAAACAUCUAAACUUGAUGGAACCAAACGGGAUGAAUCUCCAUUUUCUGUCUCGUCCUCGGUUAAUUCCGGAGUUUUAUUCCGAGACUGUGAAUCUUCAUGCCAACAUUCAGAAGAUUCCAGCAACUCCUUCAAACAGCCUGGGGACAAACCGGACGAUAAAGCUGGCGGAGGUCAGGGCGACCCCAAGUUUGAUGACGGCAGCGAAGACGGGAAAUCUGGGAAGAAAAACAAUUCAUCGGAGGGUGGGACUAAAUUUAAGUGGGAUCGGUUGACUCGCAGUCAGGCAGGCAAAGUGACCCAGUCUUCAAGCUACUCAUCCUAGUAGGACGUUCUCCCGACCUAUUUGCUAUUGUUAUCCUCUGUGCCAUUAGUUUAUGCUCAAAUAUUUUACUUUGAUGUCUUUAUAACGUGAUUGGAUUUAUUAAAAUACAUACAUAUUAUGUAAUAUAUAUAUAUAUAUAUAUACAAAUAUACAUAUUGUAUAAUUACAAGUACAGUAUAGAUGUGUAUGUAUUUAUAAAUUCAACACAAACAUAAUGUUCAUGUACUCUGUGGUAUAACUAGUCACAGUCAUAUUGAAUAACUAAGGGGAAGUAAGCCAAGUCUGAAGGGAAAUAAUUCAUGUGCCAUAAAAGUCACACUACUGCUGUAGAAAGCAAACUUUCAUGUGUUUCUCCUCCUGUUUGUUGUAUCCUGUUUGUGGAUCUUGUUUUUGUGGAUUAAGCACCAUAGGAUUUGUGUUGAUGUUGUUAUUUCAACUUAUAUUCUCUUAUUAUAAUUUAAUUAUAGGAAUGGGUAGACUUAUAUGGAGACCAAUUUGAGACAAUUUUUUUUGUUUCUGUUCAUUAAUUAAGAAAUGCUAAAUAUGUUUUAUUGUUUGUAUUCAGAAGUGAUUUGAUGUGUUAAGAAUAUUGUUAUGUGUUUAUCUGCUGAUAGAAAUAUUUACCAAAAAAAUGUUUCUCACAAAGGCUAGGUAAUAGAAAAGACAGAUAAUCUUAUAAUGUAUAUAAUAAUAGAAUUACCUAAUGCUGUGGUCUAUACGCAACACUCAUAUGUAAUGAAGAUCCUUUUACAUUAAAUUGUUGUGUUUGUAAAGCGUUUGAUUUUUUACAGGUUCAAGCUAGGAAACACAAUUAUUUUCAAGUGUAAUUGUUAAAAUAAGGUGUUCUAAUUAUAUGUCUUAAUUACUAAGCUCUGGUUUCUACUCACAAUGAUAUAGUUCAUGUGUUACUUUAUUUUUGGAGUUUUUUCUUGGUUCUCUGCGGCAUUAGAAAAGAUGAUAUUUUGGCCUACCAUAGUUUUUAAUUCAUUAUUGAUUCAGUUUUUUUAUCUACCAUAGCAAUUAAAUUAAUUUAGAAUUUUAUUUCAAUUGUAAUUAAAAUUCUUAAUCUAAAAGAUAGUAGGUUGUUUUUGUCACUUAGAGAAUUUUAAAAAGGAGUAUAUUAUUGUCAUUUCUAGAAUUUAAAAUUGUAUAUUUUUUGGUGACUCCUCAAAAGGUAUAUAUUUGGUCUACAAUAUUUAUUAAAGUAGCAUGUUAUUUCAUCUAGCCUGGUUACCAAGUGUGAAUAAGUUUUUAGGUCUGCUUAAAUUAAAUUAGAAAUGCUAAUUAAAAGAGAAUAUGAACACAUUUGUAACAGCUUCUAUACUAUCAAAUGACGCAUAAUUGCAUAAAUUUGUCUCUGUUCACAAUGCUUCAAAGCUAUGCUAAAAACUCUUACAAAAAGGUCCAUGGAAGUUGUUUAGAAUAAAUUUAGUUAAAUUACUUUUAUCCGAUACCAGUAUGUUUUUAGAGAAAUUAUUUGGCUAUGGAGUAAAACAAAAGUUUUGAAUAAAACUUGAAUAACAAAAAGUUAGAUGCUAUUUGGACUAGUGUUACAAAUAAACAGAGCCAGCAGUUAUUGUUCUCUAUUUUACUUAUGUGAUUCAUGGGUCAGUUUUUAAAUAGUCCCCAAAUUAAUGGUUCGGUAUAAUAUUUGUGAUUCAGGCCCACCCCCCACAUUAGUUCAAGGAUGGUGCCAUAUUCAUACGACAGGGCCCACCAUAAAUGGUUCAUUACAGUACUUGCAACAAGAGACUAACUACCACGGGGUGUUUCGGUAUGUUGGUUAUAUUUCAGAGCAUCACACCCCCCCCCCCCAAUUCCAUUUCUCUGGUUGUUUAUAGUGAAGUUUUGAUCUGAAAUGUUCACGGAAUGUUUUAAUGAUGUUGCUUCUUGAAUUCUGUGUGGUAUUGAGUAUGGCUAGUGGAUACAUACCCAUGUACAUAGUGGAUGUAUAUCCAUCAGCUUUUUCUUUUGUGUUCCACCACGGUGUGUGUGGGAAGUGGGUGGUUGAUUUUUGUGUUGGUGGACAGUGGAUUCUAGUUAGUCGUGAUGGGUGAGAGUGGGUUUUUUUCCUCUAUUUCCACCAUUUGUAAAUAUCAACCACAGUUGAAAGGACCUGCUAUGGUAAAAGGUCCUGCUGUAGUUGAAGGUCCUGUUAUAGUUGAAGGUCCUGCUAAAGGGCUGGUAAGUAGGUCACCAACCAGUUCUACUGCUCAUGCAGGUUUUAUUGAGCCGUAGAACUAUUUAGUUACUUACCAGCCCUAUAGUUGAUACAACUGAUAAGUUUUUUUUUGUUUCACUGCUUAAGGGCAAUAGUUCUAUCCAUUUUCUAACAUGGAUAUUCUGCUGUUCAAGUGAAUCUGCUCAAAUUUUCAUUCUUUUUUUUUAAAUCGUCUUCGUAUCAUAUUUUCUGCUUUCCAAGUCAUGUACAAAAAAUGUUCAGCAAGUUCCAGUUUCGUUUGUUUAAAUAUUACGGUAAUAUUAAUUUUUUAAUAUAAAACAUUACGGUAGUAUGAAUUAUUAAACAUAGAACAUUACGGUAAUAUGAAUUAUUAAAAAUAGAACAUUGCGGUAAUGUGAAUUAUUGAAUAUAGUACAUUAAGGUAAUACGAAUUAUUGAAUAUAGUAUAUUACGGUAUUAUGUAUUAUAGAAUAUAGAACAUUACGGUAAUAUGUAUUAUUGAAUAUAGUACAUUAAGGUAAUAUGAAUUAUAGAAUAUUGAACAUUACGGUAACAUGAAUUAUUGAAUGUAAAAUAUUAUGGUAAUAUGAAUUAUUGAAUGUAAAACAUUAUGGUAAAUUGAAUUAUUGAAUAUAAAACGUUUGAUUGAAAAUUCCUUUGAAUCUGCUUUGAUUAUUUUAAUGCUUAUUUUCUCCAAUGUUUGUUUACUAUGGUUGACUAGACAAACCUGUGUUAUAAAUAGAUGUGUGGAUGGAUUCCACAAACAAAAUAAAACAUUUUGAA